CCCCUAGUGAGACAGUCGAGCGCGGGGUCGAUUAUUUUUCAGUCUCGUCUCUUUCGCGCGACUGUACACGCCGACCUAGCACUGCCACACAUAUAUAACGAAUUCGCGUGUAGGUAGGCCUGCCCUGCUGUUUUUCGGGCCCCGAGUGCCGCGGGUAUACUUAGUUAUCUGUCAGCUGACGACAGCAGUGCGUGCGAGUGAGUGUGUCUUGGAUCGGCCGCUGACUGCGUGUCAAAGCAGCUCUCCCGGAAGAUGUCGUUCAGCGAGAAGUUCGCCUCGAUCAUGGCCAGGCCUGGACAGGACCCCCAGGCCAAGGAUGACGUGCCCUGGUGGAUGAAGUACGGCGGCCGCAUACUCGGCAUCGUUGGAGGCUUCCUUGCAAUAUUCCUGGGAGUAUGGAAUUGCGUUAGUAUUCUGUUGGCAAAUGUGAGCUGCUUCUUGAGUGGUCUAACUCAGAUGAUAGCUGGAUUCAUAGUUCUUACUAUAGAAGCACCUUGUUGUUGUAUGUUUAUUGACUUUGUUCAGAACUUUAGUGAAUGGGUGGAUAAAAGACCAUAUUGGAAUAGAGCAGCUGCUUAUUGUUUAAUGGCAAUACCACCUUUCUUACUUUGUAUUGGAGCAACCUCCUUCUUUGGAAGUGGAUUGAUAUUUGCUACUGGUGUAGUGUACGGAAUGAUGUCUAUUGGCAAAAAAGGUAGCGGGGCCGAUCCUACUGGCCUGCCCACAUCAGCAGUUGGCUCUCCACAAGGACAAAUGCCACCUGGUGAUCAUCACACCACUCUUAUGGAAGAUCCUGAUGUUUGGAGACCAACAUAAGCCACAAAAAACUAAUCGCACUACUCCACUAACCAGGGCAUCAAUAGAUGAAAUGAGGAAUGCAGCUGGCACCGAUUCUCAUGUGAUGACAGCUACAAGGUCGAAUUUAGUUGAAAAUGCUCAACCGAUGGGCUUAAGUGCAAGACCUGACAGCAAUGUCUGACCUUUAAAAAAACAGUCCACUGAAUGUUUUGCGUGUUAUUGCGAGUACAUAAGUCAAGUAAAAGAGUUUUUUAGACUUUUUUAUUAACUCUUAAGAAUAUUUGAAUGUCUACCGAAGUACGUAUGAUGAAAGAAAUUUAUUUAUUAUCCUAACAAAAAUUGGUUACUUGUAAGCUCUACUUGCCUGAGAAAAGGUCCAUGAAAAUAUGUAUUUAAGUUAAUGACAAAAUUUUACUAAAUUUUAUUUUUUUAAAUUAAAAAAAACUAUUUAAUUAAACAAAAUUGAUUAGUAAAAGUGUUCAAAAUGAUUAUAAGAUCAUGUUUUAAUAAUAGAUUCACCUUUAUUUUCUUGGGUAAACGUAUGAGCUCAUUUAGUUAUCAUCAAAUUCUUCCAGUUUGUCUUCUAGUACCUAUACAACUGCGAUUUUAUUAUCAAACCACUUUAUAAACAAUUAGCUGUGCAAUAUUUUGUUACAAAAAUAUGAAAAAUUCUUUUUUUUUUUUUUUUGAAUACCCAUAUACUGAUAUUCUUUAUUAGAAUCUCUGCUAUAUCAUUUUUCUGUUCGAUUAAUUUUAUGUAAAAUUCUUCUAAAGCUGUCAAUUAUAUGCCAUUGUUUCACUUUUUUUUAAUACUCUUUGUACUUAUACCUAAUGUUUAAUUUUUAUUAAUCUGUCUUGAAUAAUAGGUCAAUAUUAUUUAAAUGUACUAAACAUUUUAAAAUGUCGUUGAUCUCAUCUAAAAAACAUUUUAAAAAAUUUCAAGAUAUAUUUUUAAACUGAUAUUUUUCAUGAAUCAGAUUCUGUGUAUCUUUUAAUGGAUAUUUGCCAUGAUCAAAGACUAGCAAAACAAUAACACUCAAGCCCAGAUUGUCAAUUUCUUCCUAGACAUUCCUAUUAUUUUCUAGUAAUUUUAUAUUUAUUAAGAGUGGAAGACUUGGGGACUGAUUUUAAUCCCAUUGUUGUUGUUUAACUUGAGGUUUGGAAAUAAUCAUCGAUGUCCUGGUUAUGUUUCUAUAAAAUUAGAAUAGUUUAUGGUAGAGAUCUCCUAUGUAGAUAACGAAGUCAUCUCCUUCAGAGAUAUUCCUCUAAGAAGCAAAAUACCCAGAAAUCUUUAAUUUGUGAAAUAAAAAAAAAUUAUUACCACUAUAUUAUGUAUGUGAUCUGUUUUAUUUAAACAGAUGACAAAAAAUUCUGAAAACUAAUUUUUUCAAAGGCGUAAACGAAAUAAUUAUUUAUUUAUUCUUCUUUGAAGUUAUUGAAAAAUUCAGAGUACAACAUUUUAAAUAUCAUUAAAUGGUAAAUAACUUAUAUUAUUUCAUAAAUAAAUGAUUUAACCUGACUUUGUGCUUCCAAAUUAAGAGAAAUUAUUCUGAUGGAGAUCAUAGGCAGUUACUUCCUGAUGAAAAACCUUUCAUAUACUGACCCAAGUCUUUAGUAAAUAAUGGGGUUUAUUUCAUCAAGUCAGCUAGAACGUAGCCUCCUUGCGAGUAAAUACAUUCUAGAUUUAAGCUUGUCAUAAAUAAAAAAACUUCUAGUAUAUACAGGAAUGAAGACUCUUCAAGAUCUUGAAGAGCAAAAAGAAACAGAGAUGCGUGUACGAUGCUACGUAUCAUUUGUUCGUUAGUCAUGAUACAAGAAUUGUAUAUUUGAUUUAUUAUAAAAUAUGCGCGAAUUACUUGAUUUUUAUAGUAAAAGUGCAAUUACUAUUAUUCACACUAAAUUGUAUCAAUGAAAAAGAAAGAAACUAUACAUAAAUUUUUACAAUUGAUAUACAAGUUAAAAAAAGUUAAUGUAUAAUAUCUUUUAAUCUGGUAGUUGCACUUGAGCUACUCCUUGAGAAAAGAAAUCAUAUGUAAAUUACUGCAGAUCAUAUCAAAUUAUAUAUAUAUAUAAUGUAAUAAUAUAAAAAUUGAACCAUCAACUUCGUAAUUAUGUAUGCUCAUAAAUCAAGAAGCAAGAUUAUAUGAAAUAUACAGUCCGUUAAUAAUAAAAUAAUUUGCAUACAAUUUCUUUUUUUAAGACUUCAAAAUUCUCUACGCGUUCGUUAUACUGUAAAAGCCACUCAAUUUGUAUAUCAAUUAUAUUAUGUAUUAAUACAAAGAUAGAUGAGGUCCAAGUCUGUCGUUUAUAUAGCACGGCUAGGUAUGUUCAUUCGUGUUUAUUAGGCGCCACUGAUGAAUAUGUAGCAAUGUCGAUUAGUGAAUGAUUGUUAAACUAAUGUUCGUAGGGACGCGGAGUCGACCGACCAUCUGCCUAAAUGCAUAAACUUCAUUUCUUGCGGUUAGUAUAAACAUAGUAAAUAAAAAAAAAUGUGACUGUCAUUGACGACGUCAAGGCCAAUAAUCGACUGUAAAAAAUGUUCAGUACUCGGUGUUAUUUCUAAAGCAUAUAAGCAAGUCACAGCGGUAGCUAAUGCGGAAGCGCGAAAUGAAACUUGUUUUAAAAAAUGAGGUUUCUUUUUUAUCGACUUUACUUUUAUUCAAAAGUCAAAGUAGUAUUUAUUUUUAUUGAUGCGCUUUAUUAAUUUUAUGAUGAAAGCAUGUGAAAUAAUUAUCGAAGAAACUGCAAGGGAAAUUCCUGUGACUAAAUUUUUUUUGUAAAAUGUAACAAUUAUGCUUUAGUUAAAAUUUUUUAAUCGAUCGUGUAUGUUUUGCAUAGAUGGGAAACAUUAAUUUAUGAAAUAUAACAAAGUAAUAAGUACUAUUAAAAGGCAAUUCAUCCACGAGAAUGAUCACGUUUGUGUGCAUUAGUUAUUAUCGACACGUAUGAAUAUCAUCACACGUUAUAAUUGUAAUUAUUAACAUAUUUAAUCGAAUUCUAUGAACUUUGAGAGUUCAUUGUGUAUGUAUGUAAUGAAAUUGUCAAUAUACCAACAUUAAAUUUAAGUAAAAAUAUUAAAAA